GGGAAAAAAAUCAAAAAAAUGUGGAGCGGAAGCCGAGCCUUCUUCCUCUGCGCCCCGCCCUCCCUCGCCUUCCUCGUCCCUUCCCUCGCCGCCGCCUCCGCCGCCGCCGCCCCCACCGCCUCCGGUCCCGGCUCAACCCGCUCGGGCCCCGCCCUCCCUCGCCGCCGAUCCCCGCGCGCCGCCGCAUGGCCACGGAGGCCUCCGCCGCCGCCUCGCCGUCGGGCGACGCCGCCGGCUCCCCGGGAGUCGAGAAGCGGACCGCUCCCGCCUCCGCUUCUCCUCUUCCUCCGUCGCCGUCGCCGUCGCCUUCUUCCGCGUCCUCCGCCAUCGACUUCCUCACUCUCUGCCACCGCCUUAAGACGACCAAAAGAGCUGGUUGGGUGAAGAGAGAUGUAAAGGAUCCAGAGUCCAUAGGGGACCAUAUGUAUCGAAUGGGAUUGAUGGCGCUUAUUGCUUCGGAUAUUCCUGGUGUUGACCGCAACAAGUGUAUAAAAAUGGCAAUUGUACAUGACAUAGCUGAAGCUAUUGUUGGCGAUAUAACCCCUUCUGAUGGCAUCUCAAAGGUGGAGAAAAGCCGAAGAGAGAGGGAAGCAUUAGAUCAUAUGUGCAGAUUACUUGGUGGAGAAUCACAGGCAAAGGAGAUAAAUGAACUAUGGAUGGAGUAUGAGGCAAAUUUAUCACCAGAAGCCAAAGUUGUUAAGGAUUUGGACAAGGUGGAGAUGAUACUUCAAGCCCUGGAGUAUGAAAAUGAGCAAGGGAAGGAUCUCGACGAGUUUUUUGUGUCGACUGCUGGAAAAUUUCAGACCGAGUUGGGCAAAGCUUGGGCAUCAGAGAUAGCAUCAAGAAGGAAAAGGCAGUAGUUAAAAUAUUUUUGAAGUUUUUCAAAUUUGAAUCUACGGUACUUCAGGCAAGUGAUAUGAACGUCAUGGAAAUUAAUGACCCUAUUUCAGUGAAAUGGUUGGUAGCAUCUGCUCUC